GCUUCUGCAAAUGCAGCAACUGCAACAGCAACACCUCUUGUCUUUGCAACGUCAAGGUUUGCUAUCAAUUCAGCCGGGCCAGCCUGCUUUACCAUUGCAGCCUCUUGCUCAAGGCAUGAUUCCAACUGAACUCCAGCAACUCUGGAAAGAAGUGACAGGAUCUCACACAGCAGAGGAAGCAACCAGCAACAAUCAUAGCAGCCUGGACCUGUCAACCACAUGUAUCUCCUCUUCAGCCUCUUCAAAGCCCUCCUUAAUAAUAAACCCACAUGCCUCAACCAAUGGACAGUUGUCAGUCCACACUCCUAAAAGGGAGAGUUUAUCCCAUGAAGAACAUUGUCAUAGCCAUCCGCUCUAUGGGCAUGGAGUAUGCAAAUGGCCGGGCUGCGAAACAGUAUGUGAAGACUUCCAGUCUUUUUUAAAACAUCUCAACAGUGAGCAUGCGCUGGAUGAUAGAAGUACAGCUCAGUGUAGAGUACAGAUGCAAGUUGUACAACAGUUAGAGUUGCAGCUUGCAAAAGACAAGGACCGCCUACAAGCAAUGAUGACACACCUGCAUGUGAAAUCAACUGAACCAAAAGCUACCCCUCAGCCUUUGAAUCUUGUCUCUAAUGUCACGCUUUCCAAGACUGCAUCAGAGGCUUCUCCACAGAGUUUACCUCAUACUCCCACCACCCCGACAGCACCCAUCACUCCUGUUACCCAGGGACCUUCUGUCAUCACUACUACCAGCAUGCACAACGUUGGACCCAUCCGAAGGCGGUACUCUGAUAAAUACAAUGUGCCCAUCUCCUCAGCAGAUAUUGCGCAGAACCAAGAAUUCUACAAGAAUGCAGAAGUCAGGCCGCCCUUUACAUAUGCAUCUUUAAUUAGGCAGGCAAUUCUUGAAUCUCCAGAAAAGCAGCUAACACUAAAUGAAAUCUACAACUGGUUCACACGUAUGUUUGCCUACUUCAGACGCAAUGCAGCAACGUGGAAGAAUGCAGUGCGUCAUAAUCUUAGCCUUCACAAGUGUUUUGUGCGAGUAGAAAAUGUUAAAGGGGCAGUAUGGACAGUGGAUGAAGUAGAGUUCCAAAAACGAAGGCCACAAAAGAUCAGUGGAAACCCUUCCCUUAUUAAAAACAUGCAGACCAGCCACACCUACUGCUCACCUCUCAGUGCUGCUUUACAGGCUUCAAUAGCUGAAAACAAUUUAUCUCUAUACACUACUGCUUCCAUGGGAAACCCCACUCUGGGCAGUUUAGCCAAUGCAAUGCGGGAAGAUCUUAAUGGUGCAAUGGAGCAUGCGAACAGCAAUGGGAGCGACAGCAGUCCAGGCCGUUCCCCUAUGCAAGCAAUACACCCUGUGCAUGUCAAAGAAGAGCCAUUAGAUCCAGAUGAAAAUGAAGGUCCACUCUCCUUAGUCACCACAGCCAACCACAGUCCAGAAUUUGAUCACGACAGAGAUUAUGAAGAUGAACAUGUAAAUGAAGACAUUGAAUAAAAAUGUCUGUGACUUUUCCUUCUGCAAAUGAAGAUCCUGGGGAGGGACAAAAAAAACAACACACCCCUAUCUUUCAGAAUUAGCUGUGAAAUCUCUCCCCGCCAUUGUACAGUCUGGAAGAUAACACUUGGUCCAUUCUGACAGCUAUAAAAUAUGUUAACACUUAGUGCCAUCAAGUAUCCCAUUUGGGAGUAUUUUUGAUUUUUCUACUUUUUGUUGAAAAACAAAACAAAGGAAUUUGUACUCUGUGCAUUGGAUGGACUUGUUUGGUACUCGGAAUUCCUACUCACAGUCAACAUCAGUGUUGUAAAUGUGUUCCACUAAUUCCCUUAUCCACAACUUGGCAGCAGACUUUGGACUGCAGAUCUUCCACUAUGGGACACUGAAGACAUGAAGCUGAGCAUGUACACAUCAAUUGCAGAUCAAGCCUUUACCCAGAUUUUAAGAAUUUCAGUGGACAAUAUAUUUGCACAGUAUCGCAUGUUGAUUAUCACUGCCUUUACUUUUUUUUUGUUUUUGUUUUUGCUUCCAUUUGGGAUGGGGAAAUCUUUUUGAGUGUGCGUGUGUGUGUAUACUAAAGGGUUAAAAGAAAAAAAAACCUUUUUUUUUAGUGUAUAGCUUUAAUUUUUUUUUCUCCUAGUUCUCCUAUACAUUUUUAAGUUCUGACCUCAGGCCUCAAUUGGCCAGGGCCUUUUGAGGCUUAAUGUUUUCUGUACUUUUGUGAUGAAUGUUAAUAGGUGUGUUUAUUAUACAAA